CAGUCCUGCGAAGCGGCCUUGAGGAGACCCUCGAGCCGCUACUCCUGGCGCGCCCCAUCGGACUAGCAGCCCAGCGCCUGGAGGCUACAAUCGAGAUGCAGCUUCAGGCUCUGGGCCGGGCGCCCGCGAGCCCGGGCCUGUCGUCCCAACUCGCCGACCUGCUGCUGGCGCUUCCCGCCUACCACCAGCUGCAGGGAAAAGCCUUGAGCCACGUCCCAGGGGCCGCGCGCCCUUUUCUCCCGGCCCGUGUGCUCCGCCUCCUGACAGGGGAACGGGGUUGCCUGGUAGCAGGUUGGCUGAAUGAGGCGCUCGGGGUAUCCGGCUUGCGGGACCAGCUCCGCAGGCGUUGCCACGAGGAGCGCGAGCUGCUGCCAGGGCUACUGGGCCUGAUGGGGGGCGUGGCGUGUCCAGUCAGCCCUGGACUAGGGCUUGGCGGGGCUGGAACCCUGUGGAGCCAGUACUGGACCCUGCUAUGGGCAGCCUGUGCGCAGAGUCUGUACCUAAAUCUAGGACCCUGGAAGGACCCCAGGGAAGCGGCACAACAGCUGAAAAAGGCACUGGGUCAGGCAUCACUGCCUCAGGAGUGUGAGAAGGAGCUGGUGUCUUUGUGUCACAACCUAAUUCAUCAGUCUCUUCUCUGGAGCUGGGACCAAGAUGCCCUUCGAGAACUCAGAUCAGGGAUGCUCCUCUGGCAGCCUCCAGGUCCUGCACCUCUUGCCUUGGGGCUCUGUACCCUGCAGACCACCUUGCUCUGGUUUUGGAGCAGAACUCAGAAGCACCUGGCAGCAUGGGCCCCGGGUUCCUUCCUGCUCCUGACCCAGAAGGACCUACCUCCUCUAUUGCGUGAGGCAGAAGCUCUGUCUAGCCUGGCUUCAGAGGAAAGCUUGGCCCUGGAGGUGGAGCAGCAGUUGGGCCUGGAGAUCCGGAAGCUGACUGCACAGAUCCAGCUCCUACCAGAAGAGUCACUAGGUCUCUUUUUUCAAGAAUGUCAUAAACAAGCCACACAGGACUUCGAACUCUAUAUGCCACGGGGUCGGUACUGGCGGCAUCGUCUCUGUCCUGAACUUCCCAGCAUUCCUAGUGAGUAUGCUGGGUUGGUGGUCCGCAGGGUACUGGAGCCUGUGUUGCAAGGAUUGCAAGGACUGCCACCUCAAGCCCAGGCCCCUGCCCUCAGCCAAGCGCUGACUGCCAUCCUGGGUGCCUGGCUCAACCACAUUCUCACCCAUGGGAUCCGGUUCAGCCUGCAGGGGGCGCUGCAGCUCAGACAAGACUUUGCAGUGGUCCGGGAGUUGCUGGAGGAGGAGCAGUGGGGCCUGUCCCCAGAACUUCGCCAGACUCUGCUCAUGCUCAGCAUCUUCCAGCAGCUGGACGGGGCACUGCUGUGUCUAUUGCAGCAGCCCUUGCCCAAGACUCAAGUCCACAGGAGGCCUUCCUGUUGCUGUGCAUGUAAUGACAUCCUGAACACGGACCUGCCCAGCAGCAGCCUCAACAGCCUGGAGAGCUUGGAGCCUCCUCUUCAGCCUGGAGCACCCCGAGCCCAGACAGCUCAGCUGCUAAGCACACGAUGGGGAGGAGGACCUAGCCCUGAGGCUUACUUGGUAGGAAAUCAGCAGGCCUGGCUUGCCCUGAGGCAGCACCAGCACCCUCGCUGGCACUUACCUUUUCUUUCCUGCCUGGGAACCAGUUCUGAAUCCUAAGGAGCCUGGUCAGAAGCCAGAGAGCAUAAGCUCCCCAUCUCUAUCUGAAAAAGCCCAGACAUUUAGAAAUGCAUAUAUAGAUUUUAAAAAAGCCUAAUUGGGAGCUUGGAAGAAAGCAUACCUGAGAACCACAAGCUACACAGAGCCUGGACUUAAAAAGCUAAGAAUCCAACAUCACUGCAGUGCCUGGAAUCCAGAAUAAAAGGCAAAACCACAGCUUGGAAUCUGGAGGUCAGCAUCCUUGGAAGUCUUGGGCUCAGUUCCCAUCAGUGGAGAUGUCUCGGGGCUAGACACGGGUAGUCAGGGGCCAGACGCUGGGCGUAAGGCUGUAGGGUUGGAUCCCAGGGGAAAGGGAAAAAGAAAAAACAACAGAAAGCAGGGAGCCUAGAUGCCACUUUCUCUUAUGUCCCAGGAGCCAGGCUAAACACAAAAAGGUCAGGAACUAUUACAAAGUUAAUUCAUCAGGAACCACGACAGUGGGAAAGGAAUUUCUACCCCUGGAUCGGCCCCACCGUAUAUAUACUCUGUGCUCCCCUCCCCAUUACUAUUUUUAGUCAUUUAAGAAUAUUGAGCUGUAGGACCUUCA